AUGGACUACGACACAAUCAAUGAUUUGGCUAUUCUCAGAUUAAGCCCCGACCUACUGAUCCAACUUCAAUCCAACGUCAAGCCCACCAGAGUCGCCCUUCCCACCCCCGCCACGAGCAGUCAAAAGGGCGAGCACGACAAGACCCACAAACACGAGCUGAUAGACAACUAUAUCCCCGUGGUCCAAAUCUCCAGCACACCUCCCACUGGCAGCUCUCAAUUCCACACACAAGCCACACAGCUCCUCUCAACUCCCAUCACUGCCCACACCGACCUCUCAACCAUAGACCGCUCCGGAACCCUCAACGGACUGCGCUCCAUCCCCUGCGUCCCCAAGUCACCUCUCGCAAGAAAAGCAAAUCUGGACGAUGAUCUGUACCGACAGUCGGGACUAUCAUCUCCAAUGGACUUCUUCUCCAGCCGGACUAGUGGCUAUGAUGCUGACUGUGACGAAGCGAGCGAGGAGGUCAAAGAAUCAAUCGAAUGCGAACAACUCUCCGAGCGAGAGGUGGUCAAGUUAAUGAAGUCUCUCAAGUCCAUCAACGCAGAAUUGCGACGCCAUAAUCGUCUGCUUCGUCUCAUUACCCGACAAAUGCAUCGGGUUAGACGGAAGAGUGUUCGUGUUCGCUCCCGAUUCCCUCGUACCAGCAAGCGCCUGCGCGCUCGAGGAUCCGUCGUGGAUGUUGAUGUUGAGUGA